UUAGGUUGUGUUUUUGCACCAUAUGUUGUCCAAGUCAAGCCUCAAGCAGGCCAACGUCCUAUGGUGCUACAAGAAAGAACUGACUUUCUCCUCACACCGAAGAAAAAGAAUGAAGCAACUGCAGGCCAGGAUAAGAACUGGGCAAGUUGAUAUCAAUGAAGAUGACCCAUUUGAAAUGUUUGUUUCCAUGACUGACAUCAGGUACUGCUUCUACAAGGAGACCCACAAGAUCCUGGGAAACACCUUCAAGAUGUGUGUACUGCAGGAUUUUGAGGCUCUGACCCCGAACAUCUUGUGCCGCACCAUGGAGACUGUGGAAGGUGGUGGAGUCAUUGUCCUACUCCUCCAGACUAUGACGUCGCUACGGCAGCUGUACACACUCAGCAUGGAUGUGCAUGCUCGGUACCGCACAGAGGUCCACCAGUAUGUUGUACCCAGAUUCAAUGAAAGAUUCAUCCUCUCCUUAGCUUCCUGCCCAUCAUGUGUGGUGUUAGAUGACCAGCUGCGUAUUCUACCUGUAUCGUCACACUUGCGAGACUUGCAACCAGUGCCCGCCAAAUCUGCCAACGCCCCGAUGUCGCCUCAAGACCAGGAACUGAAAGAUCUUAAGGAGUCACUCAAGGACAACCCUCCAAUAGGGCUCUUGGUAGACUUGUGCAAGACACUAGACCAGGUCAGAAACUCAAGAAUUGCAAUUGAAACAUCUGUGAGAGAAUCAUGA